AUGCCAGCGUUCAAGAAAAGAUUUUGCAAUCAAUUUCCGUUCAUUAAACUGUCAGGAAAGCUGCUGUGGCAGGCCGAUCCGCCAGCGUUGCAGCCGGCGUUGCCGACGAGCACGACGACGGACGGACGGACACGGACGACGAACGAACGCGGCCGGCGGCGGCAGUGGGGCAACAGCGACGACGGUGGCGCCUCUGUCCCAGGAUUACAACCUUCUCGCCCUCUCGCCGAUCCCCUACAUCUCAACUCAAUUCCCGAUCCACUCGUUUUUAACCCGAGCCGAUCACGUACCGAGUAUGAGCUCCUGUUCACCUAUCGAUCGCAAUUCUUCACUGCUCUCACAUAG